UGUCAAAGUUUAGUACGUAUGUAGGGCGGGGAGGUUUCGUUAUCGUACGUCCUUAUUUUCCCGAAAAACAGUGUUUAGAAAAAGAACUAAUUGUAACUUUCUGAUUUUGACAUUCGUGUGUUUCAUAAACAUUCGAGACUGUUUAGUUUCUUUGGUGAAAAGUGUUUAUGAAAGUGGGGUAGGAGAGGAUGUGAAUAUUGGUUAAGCAAAGAUCAGGAUGCGUUCAAUGCCAGUUAGACAGGAAAAACCAAUAAAAGCAGUGAAAAAAGUUGCAGCGCCAAAAAGAAAACCUAUAAGCGACACAGCUAUUCCCGUACCCAAUACCAUUGAUGAAACUAUAAAUUUCGUAAUUCUCGGUCAACUUUCUUCACCACAACGCGUUUCUCAAGAAAAAGGAAGUGUUGUGUCUGAAAAAGAAAGUGGCGCCCCAGAGAAAGAAAGUGUUGUGCGGGCGAAAAAGAAUACUACUAGAAGUCAUAGAAUCUUAAGGAAAUUCGAAGGCAAAAAUUUAAGAAUUAAACCUUCGAAAGAAGUUACUGUUAAAUCAAAUUCCAAAGCUCAAACAAAAGCUGCCAAAAAACUAAGUGCCCAAAAUAGCUGUAAAAAGAAAUUUAAUAAUAAAAUAGCAGACAUUAUUACGCAACCCAUAAAAGAAAUAACAUUAAAGAAACCAAAACUUGAGAGUGUAUCAAAAGAUAGCAAGAAAAAACUUAGAGAAGUAGACAAACCAAAGAUUACAAAGAAAACUAUAGUUAAGGCUAGGACAAUUAUAAAACCAAUCAUCAGGAAAUCGAAAAAAGUAACUGUAAAAGUUACUCUAAAAGCAUCAAAAGAACCUCCAAUAAAAACAUCAAAAGGCAUCUCCCUAAAAUAUACAAAAGACAUUUGUAUAAAAACACCAAAAGAUACUUCUGUAGUAGCGACCAAGGAUACCUAUGUAAAAACAGCAGAGAGUCCCCAAAAAACCCCAAAGGAUAUUACAGUAAAAACAACAGAGGUCGCUGCGAAGCCAACAGAAACGAGUUUAAAGAAAACAGAGAAAUAUGUAAAGACAAAUAACAAACCUCCAGAUGUUAUAACAAUUCCUGAUGAGGAUGAGAUCAAAAAACAACAAACUAUAAAACAGUUGUUAAAACAAGUCAAUGAAGAAAUAAAAUCUAAAAAAACCAAAACUGCUAAAAUUAAAAAGCGCAAGAAAAUUUCUGUAAACCCAGCAGAGAAUUUGGUCAAAUCAAAAGAUAAGGCAGAAGAACUUUUUGAUCAAAUACUUAAACUUGAAUCAGUGUACUCCACUUUGGAGAUUAAAAUAAAAGAAGAAAAACCAGAACCAAAAGUAGAAAUAUCUUCAGAAGAUAUUCCUGUUGUACCAAAAACUGAAGUUUGUUUAGAUAACGAAAAAUCUGAGGAUACCAGUAAAACUGAAGCCGAGGUUAAACCUGAAGUUCAGCCCAAGGUUGAAAUUGAAACUCAAAGUAGAAGUGAGUCAGACUCGUCAUCCAAAGAAAAACAGGCGUUGCUUAAAAAGAAAAAAUACAUAAAACUAAAAUCAAAACCAAAGUUGACCGUUAUCAAAAAGAGAGUUCUGCAAAAAGGUAAAAAUAACUUGGAUGAGCAAGCUUGCAAGACAAAGCUGUUUAAAUUUUGGAACGGACCAAAGAGACACAGAGUAGCUUCUUUAAAUGCUUUAGCUAAGGUUCACUGUCUGUAUGAAAAUGAAACAAGAGCAACUAUCUUGGACGUGAUCGAAGAAUCCAACAAAACAGCUUAUAUGCCCAAAAGUUUCGGCACCAAAACCAAAUUAACUAAAACUGACACUUCUAUUAAAAAUGUUGACUUUGAUGAAGAACAAGAACAAGAGAGUUCUCCGCCACCGACUAGAAUUUUGCGAUCAGUUCCUGGUUUAAGAGCAGUCGGCAAACACUGGGAUAUGCAUGAUACAACAAGCUCAGACGAAGAUGAUCGUAUUUGCAAAGUACCAGUUGAGAAACCAAAGUCCGAUGAGAAACCAGCUCCGCCAAAACCAAAAAUAAAAAAGGAAGUAGUUGAAAGGAAACGAAAAUCGAGCGAAAUCGUCAUGGAUCUAAAGGAUAUGGUCGUUCGUAAGCGAAUGGCUAGUUUGAAUGCUACUGCCAUACUGGCAGCCAGCUACUCCCAAGAGAGGCGACAAAAUAAAUCCAAAUAUAGCGACGAUAGCUCUUCUUGCACCAGCAAUUCUUCUGAUGAAUAUUUCGCUGCUUUGGAUAAGGAUAUUAAGGUAGAACAGGAUGAUAAAAAGGAGGAAUUGAUCGAUAUAAGUACUACUCCUAAUAAAAAAGUCGCGGUUAUUUUAAACCAGGAUACGGAUGUGACUAUAACUGGUGUAUAUGUGAACAGUACCACUAGAUCGACUCAUCACGAAGGAUAUUGCAGUAUAGCCGGGAUGCAGUAUAGGAUUUCUGCUACUAGUCAUACACAAACUGCUUCGACAGCUGUAUCUACUGAGGCUAUUCUUCAAUCUUCUUCUACUAGCGGUCCUGAAAAUAGUAAUAGUGAGUCAUUACCGUCAUCUAAGUCGUACACUCCUCUCGAUGCAUUAUCUAAUAUGCAACCCCCACCGGGACCCGGUAUACAACAUCCGGUUCUGCACGGACAGCAGAUGGGACCACCGCAACAUGUUCUUCCUAUGCCUCCACAUCAGCUGUCGCCAGGUCUUCGUCAUAGCUGUUCCAGUGCGUUUUCAUCACCUCACUCAACGCCUGGUUAUCCCACCCCUCCAGGCCAUCAUCCACCAGUGACGGGAGAAGCACAUGAAAACAAUAGUAGUGGAAAUGAGACUGAAGUAGUGCCUAAACAGAAUGAAUCAAAAAAAAGGAAAAAGCACGGCAGAAUGAGAGAUGUCAUGAAAAAAAUUAGACUGCAGAGUCACGAGGUAGGUGCAACCUGUAAUUGUCGUAAACAAUGUUUUCAAAAUGUGCCCGAAGAAGCAAGAAAAACUGUACUUAAAAAUUUUAACACAAUAACUUCUAUUAAUGAGCAGAACUCAUACUUAUGUGGAUUGAUUACAGUACUGCCUAUUCGCCGAAGAAGGCCUAGGAAAGAUGAAAACGAAGCAAAUUUGAAAAGUGCUGCAUAUUCUUACAGGUUCAGCGAGAUCGGCGGAGAUAAACGAAGAGGUACAGUUUUGACCUCUAUAAAGUAUACAAAGAAGCCGGAAACAAAAGACACGCAAACCGCAACAAAAAUCGGCGGAUUAAAAUGGGCGGGUCAUGGCACUAGACUGGCCGAUACAGGUCAGAAACCGGAACGAAUAACGAAAGAAGCUUGA